ACCCAAUUCCUUUAGCAUAUUUUUAUUGAUUCAUUAAGCAUCUUCUUACUUGCAGGCUUUAUAAAGAUUUUGUAUCCACAAUGCCAGCUGUCAGUACUCAUGGAAGUCAAAGGAACCAAAUGAACCGGUCACUCCGUGAACAACUAACAUCCUUAUGUCGAACUCAACAAUUUUAUUGGUUCUUGGGUCAUCUACUCACAGUUGUGCUCUUCAUUUCCAAUCUUGCAGAGUCGAUAUUCUCUUCAAAUUUGAAGUACUAUAGAAUGUGUUUAUUCAGUGUCAUUGUGACCUAUGUGAUUGUCAUAAAGCAGAUACACUUCAAGAAUAGAACUACAAUCAAAAACUUUACAGUGGCCAAGUUUUUAAAAGAUGAGAACGCUCAAUACUUUAUCCUUUCUGUCUGGUUCUAUCUUGUCAGUUAUAAAAUAGGUAAAGUCAGUGGUGCAUUAUACAGUUUUGUGAUAUAUUCUAUAUUUCACAUCCUUUCUUACUUCCAAUCCAACAUUUUGGCAUAUUUGUCCAUUGGCAUUCAACAGGAACAAAAGAUUAACAAUCUCAUCAAGCGAUUCGUAUCUCAGUUUAACCAAUACGCUUUAAUGAUGGCUGCCAAUAGCGAAAUAUUCAUUGUCAUCAGCUUAGCAUUGUACCUGCCACUUUUGAUGUUACGAAUUUUCAGCCAAUUACCUUACAUUGUUAUACACUUCGCUACACUCGCUAUCAUGAUUGGAUUUCUCAAACUCAGGUACACAAAUAGUACUUUUACACGCCAAAUAUUAACUCAGUACGACAUGAAGAUACAACAAGUAUUGGCUACCAUGCCGCAAUUACAGCAGUUCCUAGUGAUCUACACUAAUAUCAAACAUCUGAUUAUUGGUUAUUUGGCACCCCUUGAUGCAUUAGUUGCACCUGUCGCUGAAAAGAAGAAUCAAUAAUUUGUUCCGCACUAGUUGUUGAGUAUAGGAUUUUUCCGUUUUCAAGUUCGUUGUAUAGGUAGAUAUAUCUUGUUUAUAAUGGCAUCAUCGAGCCUGAAGAAAAUCGCCCAAACGAAUAAACAGAAGCUUUAUGAAUUGCAUCUGAUAAGUGCUACAGUGGUACUUUUGUGUGCUGCUAUUGUAUGGUUCUUCAAAAGACCUUCUUCCAUUAAACCAUUCCUAUUUUUCCAGCUCCCUUUAAUCGGCUGUCAGUACGUUAUUGAAUCUAGUUGCAGACCAAAGUAUAAAUACGACUCUGUUGGUGACUAUGAUAAGUUGGUAAGUUCUGGUCAUGAUAUGAACCAGUCAGGGUUAACUGAGUAUAUGACCGAUGUCAUCUAUUUUACCUGGAUUCUUGACAUAACAGUUGUUGCAUUGGGAUCUAAUAAAGUAUGGUAUUUGUUGUUAAUUAUUCCCGGAUAUGCUGCAUUCAAACUAUCUGGUUUCAUUAAAGGUUUCUUUCCUAGUAAACAACAACAGCCAGAACAGGCAUCACUCGACCCUCAAAAACCUGAAGGUAAGAGUAAAAGACAACAAAAGUUGGAAAAGAAUGGUAGAAGAAAGAUCUUAAGGUAAAGCUGACUUCUUUUAUCUGUAUAUGACUCCAAAAUUAUCACUAAUAACACGAUAUAGCCUGAUUCUUGCCUUUCUUUGCUCUCAAUUGGUUCGCAGUA